UUUCGAACAGCCAGAAAACUGCUUGUUGUUGCAACCAAAUCCUAUGAGAUUCUGUGAGUAGGGAGUAGAAAGUUGGUGGCCGGUGACUUCAGUUUUUCGGGCAAAUCAGCACUCCAGUGUAUAAUAGAGAUCAGUGGGUAACACCUCCCUAAGAUGGCUCUCGGGGCUGUCAUUCGUCGGCAGGGGGCAGCAGUUGUCCUCCUUACGGGAGCGGCUUGGUUUCAGGUUGCCCCUGACGACACCAAGCCACAACAGGAGCCGUCCGUCCGUUCCAUCAUGUCUGCGACUGGAGCUCCAGAGGGGAAAAAGAGGAGGCGUACAGUGGUGCUGAGGCCCUCCAAACGCAGCAGCAGUUUGCUCGGCUUGUCCAGCAGACGCAGUUUCACUUUGGGCUGCAGCAAAGUUCUGGACCGGACCACUGGUCCUACUCCCAGACAAGCUGUUCGGGUAUUUGAUGAAGAAAACAAUGACGUGACCCCUCAGCCCUUGCACCAGGCAGGUCUAGGAGCAGAGCAGGCCAACAGGUUCUUGGUGGAGGAACUCUCAGCAGGAUCAGCAUCAGACCAGACAACGUUCACCGGCAGCUUCACCAUGCCUUUCUCUAGGUCAGUAUUGGGUAGCAGCAGAAUAUCCAGCCAAUCAACCAUAGAGUCUGUGAACGAGGAAAUGGAGGAAACAUUUUCCAGACGUGACCUGCCCUUAAGCUUUCCAGAUGAGAAGUGGAAGAAAGACUUGGUGAAAGAACAAGUGACACAAGCUCUGUUAAAAGUUAUGAAAGAUAUUUUCAUCACUGAGACAGACACCAUUUCCCUGCUGGAAAUAGCCCCUGCCAUUGUGUCAGUGGAUGCUGAUGAUGCAGAAGUCAUAAUAGAGAGAAAUAAGCAGUAUGAAGAGGUUUGCAGGAAGAGAAUAAGCAAUGAGAAGUAUGUGGAUCGAGCCAUGCAGACGCUGAAUGAGGCGUCUAAAAACAAACAGAUACAGAACAACCUCAUGCUCAUGGUCGAUGCAGCCACCACUGUGUCCACCUUCGACAUGUAUGAACAUCCAGAGCAGGAAGUGACGGCGGAUAGCCCAGAAAUGAAACCCAACAUCUAUGCUGAGACGGUUGUGGAAUCCAGCAGAAGUGCAGAGAGAAGUCUUUCCAUGAUCAGCUCAGCUAGUACAGUAAUUUCUUCUUGCUCGCUGAAAGAUGUGGACGCAGUUAGGACUGGCUUGAACACACAGUCAGAUCUGGAGCUUAUCAGGUUAUCUGAGAAAUUUCAGUACUCCUUACUUCUAAUGGAGAGGAGCGUUCUGAGGAACAGCUUCCAAUGCCAGUUGGCUUCAUACAGACAGUUGCCGUUGUUGGAAGACCCUGACAGACUGGUGAAACCUAAAGAAGUGGAAGAAGGCGAAGGUCGUACAGAGACGUCCUGCUCUCCAGCCCUGGAAUGUCUUUGGCGUUUCAGUUGUGAGCUCAGCAUUGGGUGUAGUGUGAGUUGCAUGGCCUGGAACCAAAAGAAUCCGGACCUUCUUGCUGUAGGUUACGGUGAGAGUGACUCCAGAAACCAGGAACCAGGUCUGGUGUGCUGCUGGUCUAUUAAAAACCCCAGGUGGCCUGAGCGAAUCAUCCACUGUGAUAGUGCUGUUACUACUUUGGAUUUCUCGGCCAACAGCCCUGGUCAGCUGGCUGUGGGGAUGUGUGAUGGCAGCAUUGCUGUGUACAACGUACAAAGUGCAGAAAGCAAGUUGCCUUUCAUCAGCAGCCGUGAAUGUGCCAAAAGACACAUUGGGCCAGUGUGGCAGCUCAGGUGGAACAAACAAGAACUGAGUUUCACUGGAGAGGAGAAGGUUGAAGCGCUCUUCUCUGUGGGUGCAGACGGCAGGAUCUGCAAGUGGUUUAUCAUAAAUGGUGGCCUUGACUGUACAGACCUGAUGAAGCUCAAGAGGAGUAAUAAUACCCAGAGAAAGACUGGACAGAAGCCAGAGAAGAUGGCAGAAUGUGGGCUAUCUGCACUCACUCCUGGUCUGUGUUUUGACUUUCAUCCAAUUGACUCCAAUAUCUACUUGACUGGUACCUGGGAAGGUAACAUCCACAAGUGUUCCUGCUCCAACAGUCAUCAAUUUCUGGAAACUUAUAAGAAACAUUUUUGUCCUGUGAACUGGAUCACUUGGUGUCCUUUUCAUCCUGAUGUGUUCCUGAGCUGCUCUUCUGACUCCACCAUCCAGCUCUGGAAGCAGGACUGCCCAAGACCUUUGUUAAGCUUCUCCUCCAACCAUGGGGAGGUGUGUGAAGUCAAGUGGUCUCCAAGACAGGCCACAGUAUUCGGAGCUGUUUACGAUGGGCACCUCGAGGUCUGGGACCUGAAUUCCAGCUUUUUGGACCCAGUAAUUGUGCAGCCCGCUGCUCCAGGACUGAAGAUGACAUCCUUUCUGUUUGCAUCACUCACAGACUGUGUUUUAGUGGGAGACAGUUAUGGCCAGGUGACAGUGUACCAGAUGCAGAACCUCCGUGUUGGAGAGUGCCGCCAGGGAGAUGUUCUGGAGGUCCUCCUCUGCUCUGCGUCUUCCAGAGAACUUUGAAGUUGAAGUAUUGGAAUUGGAGAACCACAUGAUGCAUCUCUAGUCUAAAUGUAUCUACAGUACCAGAAGAUUUCUUUAAAGUGUCAACAUCACAGACAAAAUCUGGAGUGAUAUAGUAGUAUUGUGGGCUGAUGGCUAAAGCCACCCCCAGGAGGCGUUUCCCACUUCCAUGCAUUUCUAGGUCAGUCAAAACACAAACCCUAGUGGGGAGGAGCUGAGCU